UUCCUAUUACAUCAACAUCCAGCCCCCACCUUUGUGGCAUCUCGGACUGCAGCAUCAGCAGUGAGCUUUUUUCCUUUUUUCUCUCUCCUAUCUGUUCUAAUACAGAAGAAGAAGUUUAAAGCAUAAGCCUUAAAUUAACUCAAAUAAAACAGACUUUAAUCCAAAUAAUCAUUGUUUCUGUGACACUGAACUAUGUUGAACAUCUUUCAAAUGUAUAUUAUACUGUAAAUAGAGUUGAAUAACUGCAUGAAACUUGCUAAACUGCUAUAUCUGUUGAAGAAUACAUAACAUACUUAGCAAUAUUUAGCAACAAUAAGCAAACAAUACUACAAGGAACAAAUACAGCAAGCACAAAUAACUAAAUUAUCAAUUUAUUUUUAACUAACUUCAAAAAAUAAAAAGUUGAAUAAUAAGAAAACUGCAACUGACAGAAAAACCUAAACUGAAUUUCAAAAAGUGAAACAACUGCUUAAACACACAAGAGGAGCAACAUACCGACUGUGAUCGUUGGUUCAAAAAACCCAGAAUAUGUUUCUCAAAUUCCUAAAAUUUCCAAGAAAUGGCAGAAGCGAACAAGAGGACUUCCAUCGCCGUGGCCGGAAAAUGGGAGCUUUGACUUAUCCCUUUGCGAACAAAUGGAAAUGAGAAUCACUGACUACAAAGCAAAAAAUAAAAGUAAGAAAAGACAAGCUAAAAGAGAAUUAGAAUUUAACAUUUUACAACUAUUCAAGGAAGAAGGUGAAAAAUACAGGAAGAACUUAAAGCAGCAGCUCAUUGAGCUCAAAAAUAAUUAUGAAAAACCCAAAGAUGACAAAAUGAAUCCUGCAGGGUUGUACUUUAACUCAUCACAUGAGAAUUCACACGGGUGAGAAGCCUUUCUCCUGUGGGAUCUGUGGAAAAAGUUACAGUAACAGAAGUAGUUUAUCUCGUCACAUGAAGACUCACUCUGAUGAGAAGCCAUAGGUCCAAAACAGAUCCGAUCCAAUUUUCAUCUAAUCUUAUGGAAUAUCUGGUCUCGCCCAAUGCCUCCUGUUGUUAAGAGUGUUGGAUUAAUGAUCCUUUUCAGUUUCAUUGUCAAAUUGUUGAUUUCAUGGCUUUAAUAAAAGUGAUCUGUCUUCUUCUCACAUCUUGUCUCUUCAGUGACCUUUCAUGUUUUCACUUCUUUUUUGGCAACAUGAACCUUUUUUUCACAACACAGUUAUUCAGGGUUGUAUCCAGUCCUGAACAUUACAGGUGAUUUUGGAUACAGGACCGAUGACCAACUAAUGAAUUCUAGACAAAGUAAUGUUGAAUCACCUCAAAAUAAAGAGCAGGAAGCUCAAUCAGAUACAUCAUCCACAGUGCAUGCAGCGCUGCCAACAGUAGUUCAAACACCAGUUCCAUCCAGAGGUGCACCACAGACGAACUCAAGCUCACCGGAAGAUGAAGGUCCACCUCAAUGAAACUAUAGCAUAAUUAAUAAGCAUGCAAAGAGUAUGCAAUCAUCAACAUCGCAUGCAAAUGCAGAUGGCUACAAGCCAGCUGGCAGACAUUCUACAUCAAUGCCACCAAUUCCAACCGGAAUUCAAACCACUAAUGUUGGAUGCUCCUCAACACAGACAGUUGGAAAUAAUAAAAUUCUUGACUGCUACCAGUCGGUCAUGCAGGAAGUCGCAGAAGCGGAGAUGCUUAUUGGUUAAGCUUAGACCACAGAGGCAUUGAUUUGCAACGUGAUAAAAAUCAGACACUGAUACAGGAAGUGGAAAAGGAAAUUGAUGAAAGCCUUGCACGAUUAGCUGAACAGGAGCCAGGAUGCGAAGAUGACCGAGACGGAGCAAUAGCUGGUCCAUGUACGAGCACACCUGAUAAAAAAUCAACACAUGGCCCCAAAACAAAAAGAAUACAAUUUGAGAUCCAGACCUGACAUACGCAAACCUGAUCGUUACGACCCCUCAAAGCAAUUACCAAUCAUAUUAAAAGGAGACGUUGCUCAAUUUGCCUCGAUGGAUCUGAUCAGGUUAGUCUCGCGGCUGCCAGACAUUCAUGACGGUGCAGAAAAAUGGAUAAGAGUACUAGAAGAAGAGACAGUUGGCAAAAUUUUGGCACUGGGAGACAUCAAAGCCAUUUUUGCAAAAGUUCUCGGAACUGCCACCAUGCAGAACGUUUUGAAAAACCACCCAUGGAUGCUGCAAGAACGAGCAGAUGGAAUUGAAUUUAAUGUAGGCCAGACGGCAAUCUGGGCUGCCUUGAGGGCAGAAUUUCCUAACAAAGUGGACCCUGUCGCCAGACAGCUGAGAAGGUGGAAGGAGGACAUGGAGUCUGGUGUUAAUGAAUUUCCAAUGAUUGCAGCUGUGUUUCCGAAAUCAAUAGUGGAUGUGAUGCCACAACCAGUGCGCACCAAACUCGAAGACGUGGUGGCUCUGAUGUCAAUGCCGCACAAGGAAUUUCGUGAUCAUGUGGUGCGUGCAAUAGAAAAAUACAGAAGAGAUGAACAAAAACUCACUGACCAAGACAAAAACAUUCAAAGGAAACUGGCUCAACUGCAACUUGGAGAACUUCAAAGUAGCAGCAAGACAAGGACUCAAGCUGCAGUAGUGAGGGGAGACCAACAUCCUAGCCCGAAUGUAGCCAACCUUCCUAACGCAGUGAGUACAGCUCCACAGAUGUAUCCUCCAGCUCCACAAAUAACUCAACCUUCUCAACCAGUGGUGAAUGUUUACCCACAACCAUGGAACUCACGUCCAUUUGUGCCCCGAGGAAGACAGCAAAGAAGCCCUUCAUGGCCUAACAGAGGACGAGGCGGUCCAACCAGAGCACCCGGAGCAUGCUGGACAUGUGAUGUUUUUGGACAUCGCUCUGACCAAUGUCGAAAUGGUGACAACUCAUUCCAAAGACGGCCGCGUGGUAGAGCCAGACCAGGUCCACCAACAGCUCCAUACAAUCACCAAGCAGUUCCUUAUAAUCAACAGGAAACUCCAUACGACUCACAAGGAGUCCAAUACGAUUUACCAGUUCAACAAAAUUCACCAGCUCAAUACAAUCCACCGAAUUCUGGAUACUAAGGAUGCCCAGAGGACCUAAGGGGAGAAAGUCAGUACCCAAUUCUAACCACAGGUGCGGACGAUAAACCAAUAUUGAAAAUUCAAAUUGAAAACAGAGAAACUCCAAUGUUGGUCGAUACAGGAGUAGCUUACACUUGUAAGUGUAAGCAAAUGCACAGAAGCACGCAUUUAACCCCGCAUGAAAUGCUAACUGGCAGACCGAUGCCUGUGCCGCAAUGGAGGUUACCUUUUAAAGGACCUUCCCUUGAGCAGUUGCAAACUGAGUUGAAAGACUAUGUUGAACAACUAACUGCUAUCCACAGAGCUAUCUAUUUGCAGGAAAAAUCCAGAAGUCCAGAGUCGGCAGUGUUGGAGCCACUGGUGAAGCCAGGCGAUUUGGUGUACAUCAAGGUGUACGGACGCAGAUGGCAUGAGGCCCGAUGGGAAGGACCUUAGCAAGUCAAAAGAGCAACCCCAACGGCUGUCCAAGUAAAAGGAAGUGUCACUUGGCAUCAUUUGACUCAUUGCACUAAAGUUCAGAAUAAGGACAGAGUUAAACUUGAGUUUGACAAGGAAAAUGAGCAGAAGCCUCGUAGCAAUGAGACUGAUACUGAUAACUGUCCAACUGUGCGGUGAGCCAUGCAAUGGCGACGACAGCAGAGACGAACUCAUACAAUCUGCAGCCGACACCAUGGGACAAACCGACCACAACGAACCAGAAUGACAGAACAUGGACUCAAGGACAGCCUCCAGGGGGGACAAACGGUGACUUAGAGACGACUGUUAUCGUGAAAAGAUCCAUCUCCAAUGAAAAAUAUAAGUACCACACAACUUAUAAAAUUCCUGACAAGUACAUGCCAGUGUUCUUUCCAGCAAAUGUCAACUUAGAUGUUUCCAAGAAAUUAAUUCGUAAAACUAGACAUGCGCACUUAGAAUGGAAAUGGACAGCAAGUUUAACAGAGACUAAAUUUCAAGCAAAGUUAGAAACAGAGUAUGAAACCCAUGUGAGCUAUGCUAACUGAAAACUGUGUAGCAAGGCUAAUACAAAACAGAGGGACAGAUAUAUUAUGGAUCAAUGUUCAAUCAUUAUGUACAUUAGAGAUGACGGAUUUGACAUAGAAGUGAAAAUCGGAAGACGGUGCAGUAAAGACAAUGAUUUCAAACAUUACAUGAUAAUGAUAAGCCCUGACACAAGUAACUCAGUAACAGGUAAAAGUGAUUUAGAACAAGUAAAAGACACAAAGAAAACAGGUACAGUUGAACUGAUGAACGGCAGAGUUAAAAUACAUAUUUCAACUGAUGAUGUAGGUGACGGCAUGCUAGGAAGGCAAACAAUUAUCUCAAGAAUAGUGUUAAGAAAUGAUCGUCGCGAGAUGUGUAGAUGGUUCAUGAAUUUGGGGAAUAAUGUAUUAAUUAACGGAACAAAAAGACACAAAAUGUAACUUAAAAAUCACAAAAACAAUUUGCGGUUGGACAAUUGAAGCAGAUGUUUUAGCCUUUCGAGUAGAUAAAUCAUAUGAAAUAAAAAUUGAAACAGCUGCCAACGGUGUAAUGGAAGAGACUAGGGUAAUCUGGAGUUUACCAAAGGUAGACACAGAGGUAAGUAACUGUUUCACACUCUAUAACUUCACUAACAAACCCAUUACAACUAUACCAAUUACAACUGUUAAGUCAAUCAUCACUGUUAAAACACUCAAAACUGUUACCAGUGAAGCUCAUACAACCAUAAAACCUAAUGCAGAGAUUAAAGAUGAUGAAGGAAAUCCACAAAUAAGUAAAGCACUUAAAGUUGUCACACCUGCGUCUCUUAUAGCAACUGCAGAAGAAGCUCAGUUAAAAUUAACAACAACCUACAACGCUAAAACAAAUUACCACACCAACAAACGCCAAUAAAGUAAUCGAAACAAAUGAAAUGAUCAACAGUAGUGAAGAUUUGGAUUUUAUUCAAACAACACCUGUGCAAAACCAAGUGUCUAAUAUGUCAAUUUCAAAUAAAUAUGGAUGUUCUGAAAAAGAAGGUUGUCAUGAAUACCAUGGAGGUCUAGAUAAAUUUUAUAAGGAAAGACAGGACAACAAAGUAACUCCAAGAGCCAUGCAUAAACUUCAAGACGUUCAACGGACCUCUUUUCAACCAAGAGGAGAUCCACUUUGGCAAAAGAGCAAUUCAGAAUACAUGGUAUACCUGGUCCUGGUAUACUGCGAGAAUUAACACAAAAUGACUGCAUAGUUUGUACUGUUGCUCCUGGAGCAGCAUCAAUUGUUAUUCCAGAAAAAUACACUUCUAAGGAGUGUGCAAUUAGACAACGACAAAGCUGUAAGGAAGGUAAAUUUAUUCCAGUACUUGAUGUAGUAGCAUUCUUUACAGUACCAAUGUGUGGAAUGAAUUGCAGAUUAUUAUACGGUUCAUGUAAUUCACACCUUUAUUUAGAUAAAUGGGCAGGAUGGAGAUAUGAAUCCGUUUGCGCUGACUUUAAUAUGACCACGACACAAACUGAUCCUCCAGUGAAUUAUGAGGUAGAUUAUGAUGCAGAGUAUGAAUGUUUUGCAAAUGGAGGAUUUGAAAAUGAUGUAGGAAAUACAACAGUUCGAUGUAAUGUUACUUGGGUUUUAUCUUGGUUUAAACAUGCUGACAUAACACCACUAUUUGUUACAAAACCUGUAUGGUAUCAAAAUCCAGAAUUUACAGAAGAAAACUGAAAAUAUUACUAGGGCUAUUCCCACACUAUUUUUUCUAGGUGAUCAGACAUAUCCAGUGGCAGACAGCUACUGGAUGUGUGGUGAUGAUGUUUUAAUCAACACAUUGCCCCUAAAAUGGGUAGGCCUUUGCACCCUUGUUCGAAUGAAAGUACCAGUAACAGUGUAUGAAGGAGUUGCAGACACAGUAGGAAUGCACCACAAUAAAACAAGGCUUCGUAGAAGCCUGGGGGAUUAUGGAUUAAAUGAAGGAGUAUAUUUGGAUCUUAUAGGUCAACCAAGAGGGAUUCCAAAUGAAUUCAAAGCACGACAUGAAGUCGCUGCAGGAAUUGAAUCUUUUAUCAUACCCAUGAUCACAAUUAUUAAAAAUAUUGAAUGGAUUAACUAUAUUUAUUACAACCAACAGUGAAUGAUAAACUUUACCAUUGAAGGAUUUAUGGCCCUAGGAGAUCAACUUCAUGAAACAAGUAGGAUGACAAGACAAAAUAGAUAACCAUUAGAUUGGCUCUUGGCCAAAAUGGGCGGGGUUUGCCAUAUGUUUGGCAAUGAGUGUUGGACGUUUGUGCCUACACAUACCUUGCCGAAAGGUGCAUUUAGAGUAGCAAUGACCAAACUGAAUAAACUGAAGGUGGAAUUUAAAGAAAAUGGAAACUGGCAAUGGAAAGGUCUGGAGGAAAUUUUAGGUGAAUGGGGAGCCUUAGCAGCCAAAAUAGGAAUAACUAUAGUGGUAGUACUAAUUACUAUUUUUCUGCUUGUGUGUUGUGUGAUCUCUAUCAUGAGGAAAUGGAUCGUGGGGACUGUAUACAGAUGGAUGACCAAGGACAGCGGACAUCACACGGACUAAUGCACUAGGCCGCCUGGACCAAUGAACCCAUGACCGAUUCAAAGGACUGCUAAGCUCAAGGACAUUUCGAUGCCUGAACUAAAAGCGUUAUGGUUUGUUCAAUGAUCUAAGGAGUUCAAGGAUCUGAAACAGAACCUGGGGUGGAAUAAAAUGGACUCAUGGGAAAGACACUGUUCGUAUACACCAUUACAUAUAUUAUUACACAAUUAUAUACAAUACAACACAGGUGGCCUACACAUAGUUAGUACAUUAGGAACACGUGUGAAUGUGAGUGAGCA